AUGGCAUCAGAAAAUAGUAGUUUUGUGCAACCAGUAAUCCCUCACUUUGAUGGUCACUAUGACCAUUGGAGCAUACUGGUGGAAAACUUUUUGCGAUCUAAAGAAUAUUGGGGUCUUAUAGCAAACGCUAUUGUUGAACCAGUAGACGAUGCAGUUCUGACUAAUACACAAACGAAGGCAAUAGAUUAUGCCAUCCUGCAAACCAUCCUCAAGAAGGACACUGCUAAAAAGAUUUGGGACUCCCUGAAAAAUAAGUAUCAAGGCACGACAAGGGUCAAACAUGCACAACUUCAAGCUCUUCGCCAAGAGUUUGAGACUCUUCACAUGAAGGGAGAUGAGUCAGUCAAUGACUAUUUUGCAAGAACACUGGCAAUAGCAAACAAAAUGUGUAUUCAUGGCGAGAAAAUGGGAGAUGUUGCAGUCAUUGAGCAAAUGCUUCGUUCAAUGACUCCCAAAUUUGAUUAUGUUAUAUGUUCCACUGAAGAAUCGAAUGACAUUGAUAGUAUUUCGAUUGAUGAGUUGCAGAGCUCAUUGCUGGUACAUGAACAGAGGAUGACUAAGCAUGUUAUGUUGGAGCAAGCCUUGCAAGUUUCAAUUCAUGGAGAAACAUCCACUGGGAGAAGCAAAGGACGUGGCAAAUUUCAAGGAAGAUGA